UACACGUUGCACUGCAAAGGCGUGUCCCUUUCGAUUUUCGCCUGUGUUUCUUCCCUCUGAAAUAGAAAGUAAUGGACCAUCUGGUAACCAAACACUCGUAAAAGAAGGGAGAAAGAGCCCGCUUUCUUGGCUAACGCCCGUACUCUAGUACUGCUGUGCUAGUAGAACUGAACCAUCUUGACUUGAGUUUAUUGAAUAAGCCCAGAACAGUAAUGGAGUCUCUGCUCAUUGGGUCUUUUGCAAAGCCUUCAUAUUUACCUUCAUUUCCUCUCACUUCUGAGCUUUCUUCUCCUUCCUCUGGACUGCUGGGUUUGAAGUGCAAAAGAUGGAACAAUCUAGAGAAACAGUUAGCAGUGAUCCCAAAAAGGCGGCUUCUGAUGAGUCAGCAUGUUGGUAGCGACAGCAGCCAAAAAUUUGUUGCUUUUUGCUGGAAAGGAAGUGAUAAGUAUUUGGUGAAUGCUGUCUCUGAACACCCUUUUGAAUCUGAACCUUCGAACAGCCCCCUGAAGUCACUUCAAGCCAGUUUAGAUGCUUUCUAUCGGUUUUCACGUCCCCACACUGUUAUAGGAACAGUACUGAGCAUAAUUUCAGUUUCUCUACUUGCAGUCGAAAAGGUUUCAGAUUUUUCUCCAUUGUUUUUCACUGGGAUGUUCGAGGCCAUUGCUGCUGCCUUCUUGAUGAACAUAUACAUUGUUGGCCUGAAUCAGUUGUCAGACAUAGAUAUUGACAAGGUUAAUAAGCCAUAUCUCCCAUUGGCAUCAGGGGAAUAUUCAGUCAAGACUGGUAUUAUAAUUGUUUCAUCAUUUGUCAUAAUGAGCUUUUGGCUUGGAUGGAUAGUAGGCUCAUGGCCAUUAUUUUGGGCUCUUUUUGUCAGCUUUGUGCUUGGGACUGCAUACUCAAUGAAUGUACCAUGGUUGAGAUGGAAGAGAUUUGCAUUUGUUGCUGCACUCUGCAUCUUAGCUGUGCGAGCUGUAAUUGUACAGUUAGCAUUUUAUUUGCACAUUCAGACUUUUGUAUUCAGACGACCAGCUCUCUUGUCAAAGCCUGUAAUUUUUGCCACUGCAUUCAUGACCUUCUUCUCCGUUGUUAUUGCACUAUUCAAGGAUAUUCCUGAUAUUGUUGGAGACAAGAUAUAUGGUAUUGAAUCUUUUAGUGUCCGAUUGGGUCAAGAGAGGGUGUUUUGGAUUUGUAUAUCCCUUCUUCAAAUGGCUUAUAUUGUCGCUAUUUUUGUUGGAGUGACAUCUUCCCAACUCUGGAGCAAGUACAUUAUGGUUGGUGGUCACAUCCUCUUGGCUUCAAUCCUUUGGAGGCGAGCCAAAUCUGUUGAUCUGGAAAGCAAGACACAAAUAAUAUCCUUUUACAUGUUCAUCUGGAAGCUCUUUUAUGCAGAGUAUUUCCUCAUACCUCUAGUAAGGUAAGCUGGAGAAAUUUAAAGAGAAUGGCCCCCCAUUUGUCUGCCUCAUGGCAUGACAAGGCUUUUUCCUUUUUUCUUUUUGCCCCUUAUGCAUCUGUGGCUUUGUAUUAAGUAUAUAUGGCAAGGAUGCUUAGAUUUGUACUCCAUGCAAAAGACUUAACAUAGUCUUGGACUCGAAUACUUCUAAUUCUAGCCAUGAAAUCCUAUUUCAAAGUCAUUGUUGUCAUUUUCCCUCUUAACCAUUUACUGAAUUCAGGAGUUAAAAUUUCUUGAUGAUUGUGGUA